AGCGUACAUAAUGCUAGCAUGUAUCUACGUACCCUCAUCCCUUAACCAUUCUCAUCUCACUUCUUCAACCUUGGAAACAACCUUGGAAAUAUUUACACAUUCAACUACCUAUUCUAGUUACCUCUCUUAGACCCAUAACGAACGUUUCAGGAACAAUAAACCCCUGGCUUUCUCAUCUCGGCCUCUGUCGAACCAAAAAAAAAAAAAAUAACUGAACACGGGACCAGAUGAACUCCUUAGUCGCGCCUCAUUAUGCGCACCAAUCGGCGACCCCCGCGGACCAGAUUCUCCCGAAUGGCACAACUCUCCCCGUACCCGCUCCGGUCGACGGUGGACCCUGAUACGAGAGGGGAGAGGAGCGUAGCGGAGGGCACCCUAAUGCUAUAUGAACAACAAGUGAGCCCGGACUGAUGAUAGUAUUUGCUCUCAAGUCCAUUCCCCUAUACCACCCAUCCUUCAGGCUUGAGAUUAUAAUAAGGGAAACGGAAGUAACUUAAUAGACUUAUUCUAAGCCAAGCCAUAAUAAUAAUAAUGACCACCUUCACCAAGAUCACGGGAGAUGAGACUCCCCUCAUCGAGGUGGAUGCGGCUAAGCGCCUGUCUAAGAUAGAUCCCAUGAUAUAUGGUGGUUUUACCGAGCACAUGGGCCGAUGCAUCUACGGAGGUAUCUACGAUCCGUCUAACCCGCUAUCCGACGAGGACGGCUUCCGGACGGACGUGCUCUCGGCGCUGCGGGAGCUCGACAUCCCCGUGGUACGGUACCCCGGCGGCAACUUCGUCGCGACGUACCACUGGCAGGACGGGGUCGGCCCGCGCGACAAGCGGCCCUCGCGCCCGGAGCUCGCGUGGCUGGGCACGGAGACGAACCAGUUCGGCACCGACGACUUCAUGCGCUGGCUCGACAAGCUCUCGGCCGGCAAGCCGCGGCGCGUCGAGCCCUACCUCUGCCUCAACAUGGGCACCGGCACGCUCGACGAGGCCCUCGCCUGGGUCGAGUACUGCAACGGCACCCGCGACACCCACUACGCCAACCUGCGCCGCGCCAACGGCCACCCCGAGCCCUACCGCGUCCGCUACUGGGCCCUCGGCAACGAGGUCUGGGGCCCCUGGCAGGUCGAGCAGAUGACCAAGGAGGACUACGCCAAGAAGGCCGCCCAGUGGGCCAAGGCCCUGCGCCUGCUCGACCCCGCCAUCCGCCUCGUCCUCUGCGGCCAGGACGGCCAGAGCUCCUGGGACCACCACGUCCUGCGCGAGUGCGUCGGCUGCGUCGACAUGCACAGCAUCCACGUCUACACCGCGUCCGCCGACCACCUGCGCAACGCGACCGCCCCGCUGGCCGCCGAGCGCGCCAUCCAGAUCACCGCGUCGCUCGUCGACCUCGCGCGCAUCGAGAACAAGAUCCCGCCCGCCAAGCCCCCGACCAAGAUCUGCUUCGACGAGUGGAACGUCUGGGACCCGGAGCGCGCGCCCGGCGACCGGGGCGCCGAGGAGCAGUACACGCUGUCCGACGCCCUGGCCGUCGGCGUCUGGCUCAACGUGUUCGUCCGCCAGAGCCGGUACCUCGGCAUGGCGAACAUCGCCCAGACCGUCAACGUCAUCAGCCCGCUCGUCACGACCGAGCGCGGCCUCGUCCGCCAGUCCACCUGGUGGCCGCUGCUGCUCUUCAGCAGGUACAUGCGCGGCUGGACCGUUGCGACGCACGUGCGGUCCGGCGCCUACGAGGGGGAGACGACGCCGGCUUGGCUCCAAGGCACGCUGGGCGAGGCGGGCGCGCCUUGGCUCGACGUUAGUGCCGCCCUUGGUGACGACGGCUACGUGAAUCUAGCCGUUGUCAACAUCAGCGAGACGGAAGACUUCGCUGUCCAGCUAAAAGGGGUUGGGACCGACGUGACUGUGUACACUGUGUCUGGAGCACAGGUUAGUUCUACGAAUAAAGAAGGCAAGGAAGAGGUCAGCUUGUCGGAAGGGAAAUGGGACGGUCAAGGGAAAUAUAAGUUUGCAAAGCACACGUUCACAUUAUUAAGAUGGAAGUCAUAAAGCUUAGCUUAGCUUGGCUUCUGCUUCAAACGAUACAAUA